AUGAGAACCGAAAACCCUUUUGCCAGUCCCGAAGACGACUACAGUCGGUUUGGAAGCGCAACGACAAAUCUACCUCGGUUUGAUCAUCGCACAAAUUACGGUCGCUCUGUACCUCAGACAACACCACAGCCUCCACGCUAUUCGGAUGUUUUUGGCUCAAGAAUGGUGAUUGAGAGACCAUGGUAUGAUCCACGGGGAUGGUCUGGUAGAAAGAAGUUGAUCAUUGCAGGGUGUGUUGUGGUGGUGAUCGUGGCAGCCAUUGUUGGGGCAGUUGAAGGAGUCAAAGCGAAUGCUUAUCCCGAUUACUCUCAACUAAAUUACACCCUCGUUGACACAUUUUCGGGGUCGUCUUUUUUCGAUAACUUUGAGUAUUACACAUCCACAGAUCCAACAAACGGUUGGGUACAAUAUGUCGACUCGCAAACUGCCUCAAUGAUGAACCUGACAUACGCAUCAGAUUCGACCGCCGUGAUUAAGGUUGAUACCGAUACUCAGAACCAAACGAGUGGCCGCAAGUCUGUCCGCAUUACUUCGACAAACACUUACGACAACGGUUUAUUCAUUUUCGACGUUGUUCACACGCCAUAUGGAUGCGCAACAUGGCCAGCACUUUGGCUCACCGAUCCUUCCAAUUGGCCUGAACACGGUGAGAUCGACGUUAUGGAGUCCAACAAUAAAGGAACGCAUGGAAAUGAUAUGACCUUGCACACAACCAGCGGCUGCAAAAUGAAUGCCAAGCGCAAGGAGACCGGCACAGCACUAUAUUCGAACUGCCUCAAUACGGCAAAUGACAACGCCGGCUGUGGCGUCAAGGGAAAAACUGCCACAUAUGGCGAGGCAUUCAACGAUAAUGGUGGUGGUGUGUACGCCAUGGAGCUUCGUGAUGCCGGGAUCCGAGUUUGGAUGUUUUCAAGAGACGAUAUUCCCUCGGACAUCUCAAACUCAACGAGUAGCCCGGAUCCCUCAACGUGGGGGGAGGCCCUAGCAGACUUCCCCAGCACCCACUGUGACAUCGGCUCACAUUUUAAGAAUCAAAGUAUUAUCGCAAAUAUUGAUAUAUGUGGUGACCUUGCUGGUGCAACUUCAUACUACACGGACUUGAACAGUUGUCCAGACACAUGCACUCAAUUCGCGGCUGAGAACGGUGCGAACUUCACGAACGCAUACUGGGAGUUUAACAGUUUCAAGGUAUACCAGUCGUCAUAG